UCCCAUCGACAGCGUCUUACCUGUAGCACCAUGCUGUUUUGGGGAUGACUUUGGUCUGUGUGUGAAAGCACGGCAGAGUUCUUCCCUGAGCGUCUGUCAAGAUGACGGUUCCCAUGUUGAAGAUCGGUGCUGUGCUCAGCACCAUGGCUAUGGUAACCAACUGGAUGUCCCAGACUCUGCCUUCACUGGUUGGACUCAACGGAACCGUCAUCUCCUCUGAGGGGACACACGAGCGCAUCAUUAGUGGCUUGUACCCGGGCUCAGAGGAAGGCUGGCAGGUGUACAGCACCGCCUCAGAUCCUGACGGAAGAUGUGUGUGCACGGUUGUCGCACCUGCACGAAUUCUAUGCAAACGAGACCCUCGGAAUCGACAGCUUCGCUCGCUGACAGAACAGGUUCAGAACGUGAGUCAGUCCCUUGAGGUGGUGGACCUGAGGACAUCCAGAGACCUGCAGUACGUCCGAGACUCUGAGCCGCUGUUGAGAAGAGUGGAUGGACGUUUACACUCUUAUGUGGCAAACCCUCGCACUUUAACAACCAAGAGCCUCCAGGAGCUGAAGGGUCACAUGUCUCAGCUGCGGCCUCUCUUGUCGGUGGUGGAGCAGUACAGACUGGACCUGCAGACGCUGACCACCCUGCGGUCAGAGCUGCUCAACCUAUCGAUCGUCCUGACAGCCAUUCAGGAGGAGAUCGGAGCGUACGACUACGAGGAGCUUCAGCAGAGGGUGUUACUGCUGGAGACCAGACUACACAGCUGCAUGAACAAACUGGGUUGCGGUCGUCUGACUGCUGUGAGCAACCCGAUCACCGUGAGAGCCUCGGGGUCCCGUUUUGGCUCCUGGAUGACUGACGCCAUGAUCCCCAACUCUGACAGCAGGGUUUGGUCCAUGGAUGGUUACUAUAAAGGCAGGCGUGUACUGGAGUACCGAACCAUGGGGGACUUCACAAAGGGCCAGAACUUUGUCCAGCACCUGUUGCCCCACCCUUGGGCAGGAACCGGUCACGUGGUCUACAAUGGAUCGCUCUAUUACAACAAGCACCAGAGCAACAUCUUGGUUCAGUACCAUUUUCGCUCUCACAGUGUGUUGCUGCAGCGCAGCCUGAGUGGAGCUGGAUACAACAACACCUUCCCCUACAGCUGGGGUGGGUCCUCUGACAUUGACCUGAUGGCUGAUGAGACUGGACUGUGGGUCGUCUACACCUCCAUCCCAAACGCAGGAAACAUAUUGGUGAGUCGUCUGGAUCCUCGAUCAUUGGAAAUACUUCAGAGCUGGGACACGGGUUUUCCAAAACGCAGCGCUGGGGAGGCCUUUAUGAUCUGUGGCACCCUUUAUGUCACCAACUCCCACCUGGCUGGUGCCAAGGUCCACUUUGCCUACCACACCAACACCUCCACAUAUGAGUACACUGAUAUCCCUUUCCACAAUCAAUAUUCCCACAUCAGCAUGAUGGACUACAACCCCAGAGAAAGAGCACUGUACACCUGGAACAAUGGCCAUCAGGUGCUCUACAACGUUACACUGUUUCACGUCAUUCGAAGUGACGGCUAGAAUGAUGGGAUUUUUUUAAUAUAUUUCUGAACAUGCACAAUGGCUAUUUGCAUCAACAGUGAAAAUGAAUACCAUAUGUGUCCUGAUUGCAGGCUCGCACUGAGCUAAUGACAGGACACAAUACAAGGCUCUCAAACACCAGAAUCAAGGAGACAGACAAAAGUAUUCAUCACCGACUGGUAAAGUGAAUGAAGUGGAAAUGUUUUGAGCUCAUCGUUAUUCCGUUCUGUUUCAUUCAACUCAUAGGAGGUAAUUUGGAAGCUG